GUUUUCCAAGUCGCGCAGUGUCAUACACAAUCAGCCAUUACAUUUUCUCCUCGGAUCUUACUGGCACCAGUUGACACCCUCAUUCCACUCACUUCACCCAACUAAAGAAUUCUCGCUGUUUGUUCAGAGAUCAAUGCACUAACGACAUGCUCAGCCAACAUCAGAAUAAGUUAAGCCAUUGUGAUAGAGAUGAUGUACUUCAGCUGUGGCCAAAUAACCUUAUUUGUCAAAGACAGACUCACAAUAGGUAAUGAGCCAAAUACGAGUUCAGGUCCUGCCAUCUCUUCUCCACCACCGGAGCACUGCCUUCAACCUGCUUUGUUCACAAGACCCGAAAUGAACAAGCCACACAGCGAGAGCCGACAGUUCAUCCAGCGUUUCUGUAUAAGCUAGCAGGUAGGGCCCGAGGAACGCCGAAAGCAGAUGAUUUGGGCGUCGUAUCAUGGCCAGGUAUCCAAUUUUGUUGUCAAGUAUCCAAAAGUGUCAUGACUUCAGCCCUAGGCUCAUUAUGGCAGUGUAAACGAACAACGAUGAGAUUCUUUUCUUAUUACUCAGGUCGAUUGCCGUCAUGUGAGAUGAGGCCAAACAAUAUUUGGAAGUCUCUCUCAGUCUAUAAAGAGUCUCUGAACUCGACGGAACCCCAUCCCUCCCUCACUCAUACAAACCUCUCGACCUCGAAAGUUAGCAACCAGCCUGGCGCCUCAAGAUGCUUCACAACAAGAUCUUGCUCGCCCUCUUCAUGGGAGGGGCCAGCUGUACCCGUAUCUAUGUGAACACGACAACUACCACCCAUGUUACCGCCACAAACAACCCUACCCCUCGACCAAGCUACCCUGUGUGCCGCAAUGGUACCCAUUGUGGUGGAGUCUGUGGUGAUGGGAUGGUCCAGUUGCCCUAUGAGCAGUGCGAUCUCGGCCCAGAGCUCAACGGAGCACCCAACUCUGGCUGCUCCAAGGACUGCAAGAAGGUUCCCUGCUGCGGUGAUGGGAUUGUGGCAUUCCCCGAGGAAUGCGAUUUGGGCCAUCGCAAUGGGGAGCUCAACUCCGGUUGCUCCAAAGAUUGCAAGAAGGUCUCUUGUUGUGGUGAUGGACAUGUCGACUGGCCCGAGGAGUGCGAUCUUGGAUCUCUCAAUGGUGAGCUCAAUUCGGGCUGCACCGACGUCUGCAAAAAGGCCCCUGUCUGCGGCAACGGGUACAUCGAUCCUGGCGAGGAGUGUGAUGCCGGGCCAAGAAACGGAGCCUACAACAGCGGCUGUUCAGAUUACUGCACCGUCUGUGACUACUGCGGUGAUGGCAUUCUGGAUGCUCCUGAAGAGGAGUGUGACCUUGGUUGGAAAUUCAACGGUGCCCCUGGGUCCAAGUGCUCUGCCAACUGCACCAAGGUUGAUGUACCCUGCCCACCGACAUGUGGCAAUGGCGUCGUCGACCCAGGAGAGCAAUGCGAUUACGGCUCGUUCAAUGGUAGCCCUGGCUGCAAGUGCACAACCAACUGCACUUGGGUCAAGGGGCCCGUCUGUGGCAACGGCAUCACCGAGAAUCCCGAGGAGUGUGAUGACGGUGAUCUCAACGGUACUCCCUCAUCCAAGUGCACCAGCACCUGCACGUUCAAAGAGCCCUGCUACCCUCCGAAUCCAUCAGUCUGCGGAAACGGCAUUGUUGAGCACCCGGAAGAGUGCGACGACGGCUACCUCAACGGCACCCCCAACUCCAACUGCACAAAGACCUGCACCAAGAUAACUCGCUGCACGUCCUCUUGCCCAAAGCCAACGUGCGGCGACGGUCGCAUUGACUACCCCCUGGGAGAGGAGUGCGACGAUGGCGAGACCAACAACGGAAAAGAUUACUCCUCCUGCACGGCUGACUGCAAGCGCAAGAGCAAGCCCAGCACGUGUGCUACCUGCAACCCAAACCCAUUCUUCAACAGGUGCACCAUCACAACGUCUUGCAUCUCUACUCCGUUUGGGCUGGAGAAGAAUUACUGUGCUUGCCGGGCUGGGUACAGAGCUUCUGGCCUGGCGGCUACCGAUCCGAGACAGUUUAGACUUCCUGGGUUCGUGGGACAGGAAUACAGGGUGUUUGUUGCGCCGGGGGUGGAGUGUGAUCAGCUUUGUGAUAGCCCUCAUCCGGGACCGGAUAGUUGCAGAGAGGUUCCUGUGAGGGCUGAUUGUGCGUAGAUUUCUGGGGAUGGUUAAGAGUGUAGUGAGUGCGAUGAAGCACCGGGGGGUGAGAGACGGGAGUGAGGAGGUUCCGUUACCUACCUAGAUACUUUGGACUUUCUUGCGUUGUUUCAGUUUUGCUUUCGUUUGGAUAGAAGAUGGUAUUUCUUUGAUGAGUUUGUUUGUUAGUCUCUUAGCUCUGAAUUUACUUAACCUUGACUCUGAUA